AUCAUUUUCUUUUUAUUUUUUAGACUUAACUAAAAUUACAAAAAACGACACCGUAUUGGUGGCAUCGAUGUUUUAUUUCUAAAGAGUAAAGACGAGAGAAAAACGACGACGUAGUAGAGAGCGUUCACUGUGAUUGAAUCGAAGACGGCGGCGGAUGACGACGACAAAGGAGCUUGCGAUGGAAGGGGAGAAGCAUUUAGAGGAGACUAUCGAAGCGGCUUUUCAGAUCAUUUCCGCCAUGAACGAUGAGCUCUGCAAUCCUUCUCUGUGGUCUACAUCAUCAGCCACCGCGAGUUCCACGACUGGCUCCAAUAACGGAUCGGCUCUCGUUUCCGCCGACGCGGCUGGGAUCGAUGGAGCAGCGAAUCAUUCGGAAUCUGGUGGUGGCGGUGGUGGUGGAGGAGGAGGAAGUGGAAACAGCGCUCUGGAUGAAGCUAGUCUUCGCUAUAAGAACUCCGUGACUUCGCUUCGUGCUGUUCUUACCGCGAUCCUCAAUUCUCACAAGGCAAAAGUAUCUGAAACUGAAAACGGUUUAGAAACUCCUGAAGAAGAAGAAGACGAAAUCGAAAAGUUGGAGGAGCAAGCCUUGAGUCUCAGAAAGGAGAUUGCGGAGAAGAAUGUUCAUGUCAAAGAGCUUAUCGACAAAUUUCGACAACUUAUAGCAGAUAUCUCCACAUGGCAAAGCCCUUGUUCUGUUUGAGUUUUUUUUUCUUUUGACAUUGGUGUGACCUGUUUAGACAAGAUUCCAAGCCUUUGUUCUUGAACUCCUCACUUGAUGUAUUAGUUUUUAGGUAUUUUGUUCUUUUGAUUUUCAUGAAAGAAAGCAGAAAUCUUAAAGAUUACAUUAGUAUGUAAGUAUGUUUCAGACAAAACCUUCGAGACCUGUCUGUUUUCAGUUGAAUGACGCUCCUUCUUGUUUGUA